AGCGCCAUGGCCGCCGCGCUGGGGCAUGAUAUCCACUUCUGUGAUAAGAAGAUUGCUUUGCUGGAGGCUGGUCCCAGGAGAGACUAUGAUGGGAUGCCAGACCGCUACAGUAACAGAGUCAGUUCCAUCUCCCCAGGAUCAGCAACCCUCCUAAACAGUUUUGGUGCCUGGGAUCAUGUCUGCAGCCUGCGACUCAAACCGUUCCGACGAAUGCAGGUGUGGGAUGCUUGUUCAGAAGCCAUGAUCGUUUUUGAGAAAGAUGACUUAGAUGACAUGGGUUACAUAGUGGAGAAUGAUGUCAUUAUGUCUGCUCUCACAAAACAGUUAGAUGCAGUAGCAGACCAAGUGGAGGUUUUCUACAGGAGCAGAGCAGUCGGGUAUACCUGGCCCCUUCCCUCUCACGACACAAGCCCUUGGGUCCAAAUUGAGUUAGCUGAUGGACGCAGACUUCAGACCAAACUGCUGAUUGGUGCGGAUGGUCAUAACUCUGUGGUCCGGAAGGAAGCUGAAAUUAAGAACAUUGAGCAUCAGUAUGACCAGUCAGCUGUAGUGGCAACUCUUCAUUUGUCCGAGGCCACAGACAAUAACGUCGCUUGGCAGAGGUUCCUUCCCACAGGGCCGAUCGCGCUGCUUCCGCUUUCCGACACUGCCAGCUCUCUGGUCUGGUCUACAUCCCAUGAACAUGCAUCAGAGCUUCUCGCUAUGGAUGAGGAAAGUUUUGUGGACAGCAUCAACUCUGCCUUCUGGAGCAACGUAAACCACUCUGACUUCAUCAAUACUGCUGGGGCCAUGUUUCGAUCUGCAAUUUCACUCCUGAAGCCCUCGGGGACUGGGGUCCGUCAGCUGCCCCCAAGCGUUGCUAAAGUAGAUCCAGAGAGCCGAGCCAUGUUCCCUCUUGGGUUGGGGCAUGCAACGGAGUACGUCCAUCACCGUGUGGCUCUUAUUGGGGAUGCAGCACACAGAGUCCACCCACUUGCAGGACAAGGUGUAAACCUGGGCUUUGGUGACAUUGCAUGUUUAGCUCGUCACCUCAGUGCUGCGGCCUUCAAUGGGAGCGAUCUGGGCUCCUUAAAACAUCUCUUAAGGUUUGAGACAGAACGUCAGAGGCACAAUGUCUCUUUGAUAGCUGCUACAGAUGUGCUAAAGAGGCUUUACUCCACGAGGCUGGCUCCCUUGGUGUUGCUGAGGACGUGGGGAUUGCAAGCAACAAAUGCCCUGCCUCCUGUGAAAGAGCAAAUUAUGGCUUUUGCCAGCAAGUGAUCUGUUAUCAGUUUGGAACAGCAGUUUGCUAGUGAGUGCAUUGCCUGUAUAAGGACUGUGACUGACCUGAAUCUUUGAAUUGUAUUAUUUUCAUUUAACAAUAAAUCUGAGGGGUUAACUG